AUGUUUGGUUCCGAACAGUUUCGCCAGCGAUUUUCCGUGGGUGGGGGUGGCAAUCCUGCUGGUGCUGCAACACCGUUUAUGAUGAUGUACGGGGUUUGCCCAAAGACGAACGGAGUGGCCUCCACUUACUCCAACCAGCUUCUGGCUACAACAAACAAUACGGCCUUUCAACGCCCGUACGGUUUCCAUGUGAACGGGUAUGGCGCGAAUUAUACGGCACCACAUGAGGAAGAAGAUACAGAAGGAUUGUUUGAAGUUCAUGAUAGUCAUUGGAAGGUUUCUAUCU